AAGCUGACCAUCCUAUAACCUCAAUGACCCUUCAGAGUUCAUGAUAGAUUGUUGUAUAUAGUAAAGUCUAUGUCUAAAAGAGAGAAAGAACAUGUGAAAGGGAGAGAGAGGUGACAGAGUCUCCUCCAAAAUGGUCAUCCAAAUUGGAAAGUUACUCUUCAGAAGAGAACCAGAGUCUGGCUAAUUGGAUGGCUGACAGGAUCAUAAGAAAGGACAUUAACAUUUGUAAGGUGACACCCAUGUGCCCAGCAGUGGUCUCCAGGUGAAGAAACCAAGGCCCAGGCAACUCAGGUAAUUUCUCUAGGUACCCAACUAGUCAUUUAUGAUAGAAAACAAUGACUAACUACAAAUCCUUCUCUUUUUUUCUUUUGAGAUGGCGUCUUGCUCUGUUGCCCAGACUGGAGUGCAGUGGCAUAAUCUCAGCUCACUUCAGCCUCCACCUCCUGGGUUCCAGUGAUUCUCCUGCCUCAGCCUCCUGGCUAGCUGAAAUUACAGGUGCACGCCACCACACCUGGCUAAUUUUUGUAUUUUUAGUAGAGAUGGUGUUUCACCAUGUCGGCCAGGCUGGUCUUGAACUCCUGACCUCAGGUGAGCUGCCCGCCUCAGCCUCCUAAAGUGCUGGGAUUAUAGGCAUGAGCCACUGCACCCAGCCCAAAUCCCUUUUAAUAAUAAAACACUAGACACUCCUGGACCAAGAAUGUGAGAAUUUAUUAUUUGAGCAACUUGUAUUUUUAUCCCAGGAGCAAUGAAACAAUCCUUGAGACUGGAAAAGGCUGAAGCUGUAUUUUUUUUUUUAACUUGUACACAGUACAGUUUCAAACAAAAGUGGGGCAACUUUAUACCUUAUUAAAACUGUGGUGAACACAGCAUGUUUGGUUUCACCUUGUCUUCAUAGGAUCUUCUGGCUGUUUCCUUCUCUGGAUGAGUCCCUGAGAAUUUCUAGAAUCUGGGGAGAGCAAGGGAGGGUCUGGAGCCUUCUCUAUAUACAAGAAAAUCCCAGUUUUGUUAAAAACUUGCCAAAGGCUUGGUGAUGUAACUCCAAGGACAAAUCCACAUAUUCCCUUCAGGUACUGCUUUGGGAUUCUGUGAAGAAUUGUGGCUCUACACUAGGAUGUUUAAUAGGAAGGAAGCUCCUUCCUUUAUGACAUCACCAGACAUCACAUUACAGAGCAGUAGCUAAGGAGACUAUUUGAGACACUCAUAGAACAACAGCCAAUUUUGUAGAUGCCCAAGAAGAGCAGCUUUAAAACAGGAUAAAUAUUCAGGCAUCAUUAGGCUCCUGAAUACAAGCCAGCCGGUAAAAUAUGGGAUCUACUCUGAAAGGCACAACUGUCAAGACAAAUAAACCUGGGGCCAAGGUAUCGGUUUCAGCACAGAGAGGGUCUGAGGUUACUACUAACACAUUCCCUCAGCGGGGACAUGGGUACAUUCUUACCUCAAGCCAUCGAAGUGCUGCAGUCUCCCUGAACCCUUCCCACCAAAGAUCAGAAGCUGCACAUCCCUCCACUCUCCAUUCGGCAUCAGACUAUCCUAGAUCUGUCUCCCCGGAGUUAGGGCCUGGAUGCUAUGCGGUACCCACCCCUCAGGGAACCGAGACUGGACCAAGAACAGAAUCAUCCCACCAUUCCUCUCCUCAUCCAAAGAGCCAGCGAACUCAGACACUGGCUUCCCAUGCUUCAAGCAGACAACUGAAUGUUAGUCCACCCAGAGAGGAAGCAACACGAAGAGGCGGUGAGAGCAAGUCAGGGCACAAGGUUGGCCAUCAUGCCUCAUCGAUCCCAGAUGGCAAAUCUUCUCGUCGAUUGAGUUUUCAAGACCAGAAGGAUAACUUGCAAUCACAAAUCUUACAAGAUGACCCACCAUCCAAGGUCCAGAACCCCCAAGGAGUCAGAGUUCCCCGCAGGAUUUUGUCUUACCCAAAGGAUGAAGCUGUACAAACUGAACCCAUCCAAAGGAUUAUGACUACUACUAAGAUCAGAUCUCCAAGGAGUCCUUCUCUCCCAGAGCACAGAAGCAGCAGUGUCUCUGCAGACCAUCAGACAGCCAGGAGAAGGGUCCCUGUAGAAGAAUCAGAAACAGAUCCUUAUGGGUCAAUUCCUUUGGAACCCAAGGCCUCGUAUAGAAAUAUGAACUUGGACUCAUCACGCAAACUCUCUGUCCUUCGAGAUUCUGAUGGGGUACACCAAGUUUCUGCAUGGGUAGACCCUGAGUCUCUUCACAACUAUUCUGUCUACCCCGAAAGCAAGCCCUCCACAAAGGUCUUAGUAUCAUCACAGGUGGAAUCCAACGUGAGGGCCCCAAUUCGAGGAAACAGCAAGGUUGGCCGCAGGGUCACCCUCUCCCCAGAGGUAGAGUCAGUAGAGCCAACUCACCAUGUGACAGCUCUAUCAGUGUCUGAGGACUCCAACAAAUCAUCCAUGUUUGUCACUCCAGAGCCCACCUAUAAACAGCAAACCCAAAAACCCCUGGAAACUACCUACAUGUCCAAAGGACCCACACCCAGGUAUCCAGAACUCUCGCAAAAGUCCUCCAUCCAUGCAGAAUUGGAACUGACCCUUCAGCCCUUGCCUCCUCGGUCCUUACCUAGGUAUGGGCCUGGCUCCUCAUGGUGGGCCUUGCUGAAUCCUGAAGUUGGAAUACCCCGCAGUUGGCCAAAAACACCUGAUUUUGAGCGUAAGUGUUCUCCUUCCCUAGAUCCUUUAUUGUCCUGUUUUAAAAUAGACUCUAGCCCUUUAUUUGAGGAUCUGAAGUUCCAGAGAGAGAAGGCAAGCCCAUCACCACCACCAUCACCAAAGGAGUCUCCAAGUGGGGCACCACUGAGUGAAGUGCCACAGACCCCCAAGCGUGCCUGCAAACAACCCAUUCAAUGGUUUAGUGCUUUCUUCCUGGGGAGAAGAAAAGCAACCAUCCCUCUGUUGCUUUCAGAUGUCUCUGAGGAAAUGAACAAUCGUGUCAUCUGGUGGCUGAAAGGUCUGUACUUUUCCCUCCUGUGGGCCUGUUGUGGGAGCUUGGGAGAUGGGAGGGCAGGUGGAUGGCAUCUAUGUGUCUACAGAGCUGGGUCAUUUAGGAGAUAAAUGCUGGGAUUUUGA